AUGACACCCCAAAACCCACGCUCUAUUACUGUUCUAACUGGCCAGACCUUGCCAGCGGGACAGGACCCUCGACAGUUCGACUGGCGGUCGAAUCGCUACCUAUGCUUCGAAGUAUACGACGGCUUCGAUGCUUGGUCCGGUCGACUCCAGUGGCAAGAGCAUCGCAAAGACUGGCCUGAGGACGGCGUUCAAGCCGACCUAUCGAAAUUCGACGAACUUAUUAAGCUCCUUCGCCCCAUUCCUAGGGAGAAAAUAUACCCCGAGUUCCCAACUGAGGAGCUGACCCGGUACGAGCCUCAGCAGCAAGGGAACGGCCCAGCUCCAUACCUCAAGGCGCCCAAGCCAGGCCACUACCAGGACGGCAGCGACGACCUAGCUUCGCGGCUGCUUAAUGAAGCCAUGAUCUAUGAGAAGGUUUUGAACAAUCCGCACCCCAACCUAGCCAGCUAUCUUGGCUGUGUUGUGGAAGAGGGCCGGAUCGUGCGCCUGGCACUCAAGAGGUAUAACGAGUCGAUAGAUGACCGUUGUCAGCGUGCGUCGCCGGACGAAUUUACUCUGGGGCAGCGGAUGGCUUGCAUGGACCAGAUUGAAGCGGCAGCCGAGCAUCUGCACUCGCUGGGGCUUGCGCAUAACGACAUUAGUCCAUCCAACAUUAUGUUCGACGACGAUGGGCGGCCGGUUCUCAUCGACUUUGACGCUUGUGCUCCGCUAGGCGAUCCUCUUGCCAAGGGAGGGUUAGUCACUGGCUGGAAAGGCCCUAUAGCUGGCGAGGGACUCGAGUUUAAGCAGUCGUCGGCUAUAUGCGACAAGCUGGCUAUUCAAGAGAUCCGAAAAUAUCUUGCCGAGGGAUUAGAAUAG